AUGUCUUCCGGCUGCAUCACAAUGGGCAAGAGACUUCCUUUCGAGAUCCUGCACCAUAUUGUGUACUGGGCAGACGGCAGUGUGAGAAAGAAGAUGCUGUUCUGCAAGGCGUUCAACCGCAGCGUGCUAGCUUUCAGAUACGCUGAAUCCAGCCUGGUGCACCGGCAAUUUCUUGUAGCAGCCUUUCAAGAGGCAUUUCUGCAUAACACUGGCGCUGUUCCUUUCCAGCGCAUCGUUCGGACAGGUCUAGCCAUUCUAGAGGGACAUGAGCUUGAAUAUCGGACUCUCGACGCCGUAACGGAACUCGCAACCGCAAUUGACCCCACGCUGUCGCCGGAUGCAGCCGAGAUUAUCGCAAGUUCCUUGCAAUUCUGGAGGAUGAAAAUUACAAAAUCUCACGGGGAUCCCAACCGCGUAGUUUCGACGAUGCUUGGCCAGGUUGGACGGUCCUCCUUGGUGGAAGACGGAGACCGGAUCCUUUUCCGAUGGUACAAAAACUCUGACGGAGAGAUCAAAUCACCCAUCAUCUGUUCCAUAAUUCGCGAUACACUUGUCGAUGCGACCGACUUUAAGUCUGUUUUAUGGGGCCUAGCUAUGGUGCCCCGGGAAGUCAGGAAGUUCUACUUUUGGGCUCACCUUCCCCCACCGGAAGACAUUAUUCCUGUAUAA